GGACUGAUAAAAUUCUAUCAAACAUCGACCUCAAGCAGAACGCAUCCGUGACAAAGCAGAGAAAAUGUUUUUCGCUCCAAACUUUGGUGACUUGGUCGACGACAGAGAUCCGGUUAGUUCGCUGAAGAAGAUAGCGACCGCCAAGGAAAAACAUGCAAGAGAUUGCUAUCCCCGAGUAUUGGAGCACAUCAUCAACACACAGUCACCGCAAGUACUGUGCCGAGACUACAAGGAAAUUCUGGGCACACUUGACAUCAUCUCCACCGAUCCAGAUGAGUCCGUACGACUAUACUUGGCCUGCUGGCUGCAGAAGUACUGUGCUAGCUGGUUCGAUCGAGACCAGGACCUGCAAAGCAUAUUCAGCAAAGCGUUCCUGGAGAAGAUACUGCAGAUCAUCGUCCGUUACCUAACAGACGAGCCUAAUGUUCGAGCCUCGUCCUUCGAAUCACUGACGUAUCUGAUUGAGAAAGGUUACCUAGACAGGGCGACCACGAUUAAGCUGAACAUCGUCGAAGAGCUGGUCAGCAAACCGAUCAACGAGCAGUUUAUGGAUAUGUGCACCAACUACAUCCAUCUGAUGGUAAAGAUUGCCCCGUUGGUGGGAUGCGCCAAGACGCACGAGCUCCUGUACAGUCGGUUCGUGAAAAUGUGUACCUGCAAGAUCAACUUCGUCCGCAAGGAGUGUGCCACCGCGUUUCCCGUGAUGUGCGAAGUCCUGGGCAAUGAAGUGUUCGAGAAAAAUUUGCUGCCAAUAUUCAUGAAACUUUGCGAGGAUGAAAUUUGGACCGUGCGUAAGGCGUGUGCGGAGGUGAUGCCGUUCAUUGCAUUGCUGUGUACGCUUGAGAAACGGCGCAAGGUGCUAGUACCAGCAUACAAGAAGUUCAUGUUCGACACAAGCCUUUGGGUGAUCAAGGCGGCACUAAAGAAUCUGGGCCGAUUUUUAGCAACGUUUGCCCAGCUGCAGAUCCUAGGCCUUGCGUACAACGGUAGCCUAGAGCUGUCGAUAACGAAUGCAGCCGACGAAUCGUUCUCCGAGCUGAUGGGCAAUGCGCGACAGCUUGCCCACGGCAGCCAGCAACCGGCAGCGAGUGUUCUGCUAAAGAAUUUCGAGUCUUACGAGCAAAGGUUUAAGGACUCAAUUCAGCGACACGCACUGCUCUCGCUGGUAAAAUCGUCCGACGAUGAUAAUCCAUCGUGGAAAUCGGCCUCACCACGGUCCGAGGAUCGCAUCAACGUGGAAGCGUACCUCGCCUCGUUGGUGUUUGUCGAGGAGCAUCUGUCCCAGCGUCAAUCGACCGGUUCAACGUCGGACGAUGGUGGUGGCGGUAUUUCGAAGAUAUCCGAUUUUUACUAUGUACGUCACAAGUCCCUUUCGUCCAGCUCGUCGAUUGCGUCCACCUCGCCGACACCGUCGCCCCUCUAUCGAGCCAACCAGAGUUACGAUGAGAAGAAUCCGCUAAAUCGAUUUAUGCGCUACUGUUCGCCGUUGAAGAACAAUUUCGAGCAUGCGUUCGCUAACCCGUCCGGAAGUGAUGGUGGCGAUCAGGGUGGGGGUAGUGAUGCAUUCGAUCAUCACGGUCACUGGGAUUCGGAGGAUGAUAACUAUGGCACGAACCAUCUCGAUCAUCUGGCGGAUCUGAGUUUGGUCGGGGCGGAUAUGGAGGGUGGAGCCGGAGGUGGUGGCGGGGGUAGUGGUGUAAUCUACGACAGCGAUAAUCCAAAGCAUCAGCAGGCGGAUGGAGGAAGCGGUGAAGCGGGCGGGUUGGAUUUUAUCAUGGAAGCAGGGGAAGAGGACGAAAAUGCGAUCGACGAGUGUUUCAAUUCGCACCAGUUCUGGUACAUUAGUCCCGGGCUUGCAUUGGAUUUGGAGUUUAUCGAUAAGGAGGAUCGGGCGAUGGGUGACGAUGAGGAGAAGGAGGAAGAAUCGGAUGCGAGCAAUAACAACAAUAUUCAGGAGGUUAACGAACGUGGUGUAAACACGGAAGGGAAAGCUCCUCCAACUGUUGGUGGAACGUCAGCGGACGAUAGCAGGAAUAACAAUCUGCUGCAGCAAGGCACAACUGCUGCUGCUGUCACCACCGGUGCAAGUGAGUCGGCUAAAGCCGGCGAAACGACGAGCGCUUCUUCGGCCGCGAUGGUAGUGGAAGACAACGAGAACCAGAACGAUAGCGACUCCAGCUACGGAAGCAUCAAUAACAACGACACCGAAAACAAUAAGCUGAUCUACAUGUACGAGGAUCUGCUACCGUCGUCCCAAUCGCAGACGCAGUCCGGUGGACAGGCGGGUACUGCGACAUCUGGUGGCAAUAAUAAUAAUAACAACGGCGGUAACGCUCCGGGAACAUCCGGUGGUGGUGGUGGUGGUGCCGGCAGUAGCAGCAGCACCGUCACACCAACGAUGACAACGGUGGAACGGAUCCGUGCUGCGGAACAGCUGAAGACUCUGAUUCGCUGGGAAAAUGAAGAGGUGGAAUGGAAUCUGCUCGAGGACUUCCUGCACAUGAAGAACGUCAACAAGGAGCUGUGCCAGGACUGUGCGUACAACUUCCCUGCCGUGGUGCUUACGUUUGGGGAAAAGUUUUGGCCCAUCCUGAACCGCUACUUCUUCGAUCUGUGCGCUGACAUACAGGACUCGGUACGGCGCACGAUGGCCGCUUCGAUUAGCAAGAUCGCACUGAUUAUCGGGCGAGAGCAGGCAACGCGCGAUCUGGUACCUUCGUACACGGAGUUUCUGCUCGAUGCGGACGAUAUCAAGUUUGAGGUGGUGCGUACGUUGGCCGAAUUCUUGCGCGUAAUCGAUGCCUGCGAGCAUGAAACCCUGAUGAAUCAUCUCGGAAUGUGUCUGCAGCCACCGCUGAACAUGAUGAACUGGCGCUUCCGUGAGCUAGCGGGACAACAGAUUGUGGAACUGGCACGUAUGCAUACGGCGAUCCGGAAGGAGAACUGUUUGCUCUUCCUGACCGGAUUGGCGAUGCGGCUGAUGCUGGACAAGUACGAUAGUGUGCGAAAGGCAGGAAUCGAUGCGUUUGUUGAAUGUAGCCACGAGUUCCAACAGAACGACAAGGUGUUUGAGUUCUUCAACAAGCACUUUGCCCUCUAUAGCAACUGGCGUCGCCGUCAGACGUAUGUGAUAGCUGCUGGAAAAAUGCUCGAGACUGAUCGUGUCGAGGUAAAAAUCUUCCGCAAACAUGUGUUCAACAAUGUACUCAAAUUGGCCGACGACACGGUGCCGAACGUUAGAAUACAAGUCGCCAAGUGCCUCAAGGAAAUCAUUGCCCCCCAUCCCAAAUUUGUGAACGAUCCUCUGGUCGAACCGACGCUCCAGAAGCUGCGGACCGAUAAAGAUUGUGACGUGCGGGGACACGUCGACGGGUACCAGAGCCUGGAGGAGGAAAUGGCAGCCGGAGGUGGCGGUGGUUCGACCGCAUCUAACGCUAGCACGAUGAUGAUGACUUCGGGCGAAAGUGAUUCGCAUCAGGAAGCAUUGUCUCCCUCCACUGCUGGUUCGCUGGCGGAGUCAUGCGUUUCGUCGCAUCUUUCGUACGCGGAGGUAACGAGCGGUUAUUUCGGUUCGGCUAUGUCCUCGCUUACGUUAGACGAUCAGCAGUACUCGGGUGAUAGUCGCCACCAGGCGCAACAAGGUGCGGAACAGGCGAUGAAGAACGAAGAGGACGAACAAGACGAGGUUCAGCUGAACUCGGAACGUGGUGUUGAUGUAGCGAACGAGCAAAUACCUAAUGCAAUGGCAAAUGACGACGAGGAUGACGAUGAUUAUUGUGGCGAGGAAGCGAUCGAACAGCCGACAUCUUCUAUGUCUACCGAUGACGAUGCGGCCUAUUGCUCCGAGAUGGAAACAUCGUCCGCCGUCUCAACGCCAUCGGUGGCAACGGCCGCUGUGCUGACUGCUGCGGCAUCCUCCACCAUUCCAUCUCAAACCGUUACGAUGACUACAAGCAACACCAGCAGCGGAAACAUUCAAGUCGUGCCAUCAUCAUCCACGGACAGCACGGACGACUUGUCGGAGCUUGUGAAUGGUGAGAGUGUUCCGGCGUCCGCCACUACUACCACCACCACUAGUACCAUACCUAGCGAUAGCAGUAGUAAUAGUGCUGCGUCGAAGAAGGGCUCAUCCGAUACAGGCAGUGGCACGGGAAGUGCUGGGGGUAAUAGCAGCACCAAUACAAACAAGAUUAGGGAUAACUUUUUCCGGAAACGCUCCAAAGGCAAGAAGUAA